AUGUCCAACGAAGUUGCACCCAUCAUAUCCCAUGCCCGCCUGCGCGCUUAUGCCCCCGACCCUCCGGCAACAGUGCGCGUCCAGAACCUCUUGACCACCGUCAACCACAUAGGUCACGAUGCCUGGAACCGCGGCCACAAGACGCAGCCCUGCCUAAUCUCGGCCGAGGUGGCCUUUGCGUCGCCGUUUGGCAGCGCCAGCGCCACCGACAGGCUGGGGUCGGACACGGUGCACUAUGGCACGCUGAGCAAGGCCAUCCUGUCACACGUCGAGCAGCGCGACGCGCUCUAUGCCAAUCGGCGGGCCGAAAAUGCGUUGUCGCUAGCGGAGUUGCUACGGGAGAGCUUGUGGCAUUACCUGACGGGUUGGGCUAGGACCGAAACCGGAGUGCUGGACGUGAGGCGUCUGGCGCUCUUGUCGUUGACGGUUGCGCUGCCAAAGGCUUCGCUCUUGGGAGAGGGAGUCAAGCUCACGAUGAGCGCGGCGUUUCGGCCUGCAGUGGGAGGGAAGCCGAGCUACGAGGCGCGCGCGAUGGCGCUCGAGAUCAGCCGGCUCAAAGUGCCGACGUUGAUUGGAGUCAACGACAACGAGCGGAAGGCAAAGCAAUUUGUGGUGGUAACGGUGACAGUGGAGAGGUUUACAGUCAAACGCGAUGUCUAUACGGAUAUAGAGGCGGCCGUUGUUAAGGCGAUGGAGGAGUCGUCCUUCGAAACUCUCGAGGCGCUGGGCGCCCAUUUGGCCAAUGUCGUACUGGCCUCCGAAUGGCGUCAGAAGGACUGGCUGGUCUGCAUCCGAAUGGAGAAGCCCACCGCAGUCCCGAUGGCAGACUGUCCGAUUGUUGAAGUCUGGCAACGCUAG